CCUGCCCUGUGACUGCUGCAGGCCGAGCAUUAGGCUGGGUUGCUCGUUGGCGAGCUGGGGUGUGUGCUGGGUGUCGCAGUGUCCCAGGGAAAAGCUCCUCCGCGAAGGAGGAGCAGUAGCUCCAGGACGUGCUCCCGUGGCCGGAGGUGCCCCCUGCGCCGCCCUGGAGCUGCUGCCCGCCCGCCUCUGCGGGGCCAGGGCUUUAUAUGGGAACCGCAUUCCUGCCCCCUCGUGCCUCAGCUUUUCAGCAGCUGUAGCGUUUCCUUGGGAUCGCCUGAAGCGCGCGAUGUCCCAGGAGGUCCCGCAGGAGGAGGGCUCGGGCGGCUCCCGGAGGAGCGGCUGGGGCCUGCUGGUCACGGCCGGUGUGGGGGGCACCUUGGUGGCCCUCUAUGCUGUGGCCACCCCCUUCGUGACCCCGGCCCUGAGGAAGGUGUGCCUGCCCUUCGUUCCUGCCACCGCCGCUCAGAUCCAGAAUGUGCUGAAAAUGUUGGAAAACAGAAGUGGCUCCCUGGUUGACAUCGGUAGCGGGGAUGGCCGCAUUGUGAUAGCAGCUGCAAAAAAGGGAUUCCAGGCUGUCGGUUAUGAAUUGAAUCCCUGGCUCGUCUGGUACUCCAGAUAUCGUGCCUGGAGAGAUGGAGUACAUCAGAACACCAAAUUUUAUAUUUCAGACUUAUGGAAGGUUUCUUUUUCCCAUUAUAGAAAUGUUGUUGUUUUUGGAGUACCUCAAAUGAUGCCACAGCUGGAGAAGAAGCUGGAAGAAGAACUUGACUGUAAUGCCAGAAUCAUUGCCUGUCGCUUUCCUUUCCCUUGCUGGAUUCCAGAUCAUACUACUGGAGAGGGAAUAGACACUGUGUGGGCCUAUGAUUUGAAACUUUCUAGAGGAUUUGAAACAAAAAGCUUGGAAAUUACACCAGAGACAGAAUCUUAAACAUUGAGUUUGGUUUCUUACAGAAAUUUUUAGCUUUGACUGGACCUCUUGAAGAUAAGAUUAACAUGGAGAGAGCCCUGGCAUAUGAAGAUGUGUGUUCACUAUAAGAACUGAAGUACAUUGGCUGUCUGAAAACAUAAAGGUUACUGCAAGGUGUAGUUAAAUGGCUUAAUAUGAUGUCCUGGUUUAACUCCAUCUAGCAGUGGAGUACCACACAAAUGUUCGUUCGCUCACCCUAGUCUGCAGACUUCCCCAGUGGCAUGGGAAAGAGAACUGAAAAAAAGGUCGUACCCAUGACCAUGGACUGAGAUAGGAAUAGUUUAAUAAUUGAAAUGAAUUUACUACUGAUAACAACAACAACAACAAGAAGAGAGGAGUAAAACCCAAGAAAGAUGAGUGAUGCGCAAUACCCUUGCUCACCACCCACUGAUGGAUGCCCACCCCAUCCCAGAGCAGUGACUGCCAGCUCUCCCCAAUUUAUAUACUGGACAUGAUGUUCUAUGGUGUGGAAUAUCCCUUUGGCCAGUUCUGCUCAGCUGUCCUGGCCAGGCUUCCUCCUGGCUUCUUGCACACCUCGUAGUUGGCAGAACAUGAGAAUCUAAAAAGUCCUUGGCUUGGAGUAAGCACUGCUCAGCAUCAACUAAAACCAUCAGUGUAUUAUCAGCAUUAGUCUUUUCUAAAUCCAAACCAGAGUGCUGUACCAGCUAAUAGGAAGAAAAUCAACUCCCAGCUGAAAGCAGAAUAUGUUGUUAGUAAAAAUUAUGAAAAAGUUUUUAUAGAAGAGGAAAACUUCAGUAUGGAAAAGGGUUUAGAACACCAUUCACUACAGUUAAGGGGAAUAUAUGUAUGAGUUCAAAUGCUCAAAUUUGUGAACUUAAUAUAUAUUCUUUCUGACCCUAGAGCAUUUGGUAUUGGUGUUGGAAUGAUGUGCAAGUGUCUUCUCAAAUGAGCUGUAUUUCCAAACUGUCUGAAUUUUUUAUGCCAAGUACAUAGUGCUGCAUACACAAAACUGGUCCAGAUGGAGUAUGAUGAUGACACCAAUGUUUCACAUGACGGCCUUGAAUGUGUACUUUUAAAAGUAUGAAAAAUGGGCAAAUAUUAGAAGUUGUUUGUACAUUAAUACAAAUGCUGCCUUUGAUUAUAUUAAUUUUUUUUUUUUAAUUUAACUUGUGUUCUGUUUUAGCAUCUGCUGGAAAAUAAACUCCAAGUAAGUUGGAGAAACUUACUUGAAGUAAGUUACUCCAAGUAA